AUGGCAGAUAAGUUAAGAGAAAAGAAUCAAUACAAUUUACUCAAAUCCAAGUAUGGCUCUAUUGGAAACCCAGAUACUACAGAUACAACGGAAUUUUUAACAAAUAUUCAUAAAGACACUAUAUCGUCAUUAGCCCAUCACUCUCAACUUUUGCUAUACAAUUCAAUUGUCCUUAACCAACAUCCACAUUUACUUAAACAAGAGCUAAUCAAGAAAAUAAACAAAACCAAUGCAUCAAAAAAUUAAAAUUAAACUUGCUCUGGCAACAAUGGAGCAGCUUCCAGUGGCUGUCCUGAUUCUCCACGCAAUCUAUUAACCAAUGCACCAGAACUGACAAGGAACAACACUACAGCAAUGGCAAGGGCAAAGAUCCAUUGGAGUGCAAACACCUUAAUUGUCAAUUGACCAACCAUCAAUGCGAACAUCAAAUAAGAGAGACUGAACCCAACUGCACAGUCGUCGAACGCGUAGACCAACAAGGAUCCAAUACCCAAAAAGUUCCAAAUGAAAAUGUUGGCUAAAAUUCUAGUCCAAAGCUUUUCCCUGACGUGGAACAUGAGUGCUCCAUUCCAGAAUACAGCAUAGAGCAACCAACUGAAUGGCAUUGCUGCCACCGAAACAUGAAUCAAACCAAAGCGGGUUAUUGGCUUGAUGGAAUAUGACUUGUGCUUGGUGUACAAGUAUGACACAUUGAAAAGAUUGAUAAUUAGAACCACUUCACUCCAAAAGUAGUGUUUGUGAAUAAACAAUUCUGCCCAAAAGUAAAUCAAGACAUUGAAAACAGGGAAAUGCCAGCCUAAAUCGAGAAUAGUUCUUAAUCUGUCAUCGUCUUGGACAAAUGUGAAGAGGGUGAAUAAAAUUUGUUUAAGAUAAAGAACCACCCAAAAUGCAAACAACAUCCAGAAACUAGCCGUGAAUGGAGUAGCAAUAUGCUUGCUGUGGUAAUAAUAAUCCAAGUUACCAUAAAUAGAAAACAACAAGGUAACUAUAGUUACCCCUUGGUAAGUCUUUAAUUCGUUUGCAGUAUGUGCCAUUGUUGCUGAUACCUAGAAGUAGAAGAAGAAUAGUGUAAGAAUUUGUAAAGAAUUACCUGAUUUAUAAAUAUAAAGUUCUAAAAAAUGUAUGACUAGUAGCAACCUUGACAACCUGAAUUAGCUAGCAAGGGUUAGAGUUUAUUUUUUUUAAUUGUUUUAUUGUAUUUUUUUUUUUGUGGCCCGAUGAUAGCCGCCGCCGAAGACAGAGAGAGGGGGGGAAGUACAAGAAUAACCCGAUGAUCGGUGGGGCCAUCGUAUGAUUUAGUGAACCUAUCCCUUUACAGAGGCUUAGUUCUUUCGUUAAUGAUCUAUGCAAAUGCAACCAAACAAUUAUUCUUAGCUAUAAACCAAGUCCAUCGCAUAAUUACACCAAACUACGAUUGUUGGUCUUAGCUGCAAAAUCUACAACACUGCACAUAAACGUAAAAUCACCGUUAACUAUUUAAGAUUUAACAUGUACCACGAUAGGAGUUCUUUUCUUUUCCAGCGCUAUCACCUGUCUUUUCCACCUUUUCCAAUUGAGCAGAACGAACAGUAGCUUCACCACCAGAAGCAAUAGCCACCAACAAAUCGUGAACUGCUUGUCUAUUAGCAACUUCACCUUUAACAUUAUCUUCCGAGGUAAUCUCUCUGACUUUUUCAGCAGCAUCAAUCAACAAUUCCAUGGUUUCGACACAAUCUUGCAAUAAUUUUUCUAACAAACCCAACGACAUGGAAGUACGAAUGACAACUCUUAAAAUUUCCUUGUCGUUUUCAUCAGGAGGCAAGUGAUAGUUAGGAACAAUGUAUCCUCUUCUUCUCAAAAGCAGGGAGAAGAUUGAUUGGGGAAGUUCAGGAUACUUUUCUUGAACUUCUUGAGAGAAAGUAAAUGCAACCACGGGUAAUCCUGGCUUGUAUUGUUCAUUGACUUGGAAAUCUUCUCCGUCAUGUUUGGUAUAAGUCUUUUUUUGUUCUUCAGCAGUUAAAGUGUGAUGGAUUACAGAAACAACAUCAAAAUAUUUUGAACCUUCCAAAAAAUUGGACAAGAGACGGGCAUUGGAUAAGCAACCAUCAAACACUUUUCUAUACCCUUCUCUACCCAAUGUUAAAAAGUUGUAGUAUUGGGUGAUAACUGGGAACCCUGGUCUUGAGAAAUUCAAACCAAAUGUUUCUUCAACACCACCUAAAUAAUCAAGAUUGAAUUUCAACGAUUGCGGCAACAAAUUUGCAUCUUUCCAAAUCACCCAACCUAACCCACACAGAGUCAACCCAAACUUAUGGCCAGAAGUGUUUAUGGAAUCAACACGAGGAAUCAGGAAAUCCCAUUUUAAAUGAGAAAACACAAAUGGUGCAACAAACGCACCACUAGCACCAUCGACAUGGAUCCUAAUAUCAAGACCAGUUUCUUUUUCCACUUCAUCCAACAAAUUAGAAAUUGCUUCGACUGGUUCAAAGGCACCGGUGAAUGUAGAUCCCAUAAUCACGAAUAUACCAAUGGUAUUCUCGUCAAUAUUCUCCUUAAUCUUGGAAAGGUCAAUUACAUGUCCUGAUUCAGCGGUUACAGGAAUCAACCUAUUUUCAACAUCAAAGUACCUGGCAAAUUUCUCAAGAGCAACUUGAGCACAGGUAGCCAUGAUAAUAUUUGGUUCAGCAAUGGACUUUCCCUCAGCUUUUCUCUUUUCUUGCCAUCUCUUCUUCAAUGCCAAUCCUGCCAACAUGAUCGCUUCGGAAGACCCGGUAGUGGCAGUACCGAUACUGUUUGUGACUUUGUUCCCAGUCUCUGGAUGAACAUUGGAUGGUGCAUUCCACAAAUUGGAAAGAAUCGAAAUACAUCUGGUUUGAAUAUCAAUCAAAGAAGGAUACUCGUCAUUAUCAGCCAAAUUCUUGGUGAUGUUUUCCGUAAUCAACUUCAAAGAACUAUCACUGAUGUGAGUAUUGACAAACGAGGCCAAGUUCAAUGUGGGGUUACCAUCAAGAGCAAGCUUUUCAGCAAGUUGUGUACAAAUCAAUUCUUCAUUAGAGGAUUGCUCAGGGAUAUCGUACAAUGGAAUGUAAGACUCAGCAUCAUAGACAUUGAUGUAUUCUUCCCUAUUGGUCAAUUUGACCUUGGGUUGUUUCUUAAGGAGUUCAUACUCCAAAUUAUAGGCAUCAAUAUGUUUAGUCAAGACCAUUCUGGACAAUUGUGGUUGUAAUUAUCAUUUUUGAAAA